AUGAGUGAUUUGAUGUUGAGAAAUUUACCAAAUGAGGGAGAUGAUGCUUUAACAAGUCAAAAAUCUCAAACGUUUCAUGGAAUCAUGAUGCUCCUUGAUUCAAUUUUCAAUGAUGCUUUAAUGCCUGCAUUCUCAAAUCGAUCGAUUAACAAUUCAGCCACAGGAAUGGACAAUCUAACUGAUCCAAGAUCUCGUCAACAGUCUACUUCUCAUAUCUUAAAGACUGGUAAACGUGGAAAUCCAUUUGUUAAGGAUACACAUGACCUCUUUGCAACCUUGGUCGCCUCUCUACAAUUAUCCACCAACACUCGUUUCUUUCGAUCUUAUCCUAACUCAUUCACCACUGAUGAUGCAGCUGCCAAUCUAGCUUCCUUACGAUUCUCUCAAUCGAAUCGUUCUACUGAUCCUAAUGAUCCGUCUCGAAUCGUCACGACUACGACCACUACGACCUUUUCGAUGAAUCGUGAAAUCGCAAAAGGCAUCUGUCAACAUUUCAUGGAUGCUAGAUUGAUUGAAAAUGCUGCAGAUCCACUCAAUCCGACUUUCAAAGAACGUGGAAUCUAUCAAAUCACUCCUAAAGGACUACAUGUUCUUGAACGAUUUAUCACCAAGAAUGGAAUCCAUGCAGAUCAUUUGGUUCGAGUCUUUACUAGUCAACCGAUCUGUAUGAAGUUAUUACAUCUCGAAAGACGUCCAACGGACGAUGAGAUUCAUAUCACUCCUAAUGUGAUUCAUGUGGUCUUUAAACGAUUCUCUGGUGGUCGUCAACCUAAUUAUGUGGUCGAACCCACUGAUGUCCAACGUGGUAAUACGGCAAAGGCAUUUAUGGAUAACGCUCGUUUGCCUGAUAACUAUGAUCGAAGUUCGGGAAUCGAAUUACAAGAUAUCCGAGAAAGAUCUGCGACUGGUAACUCUUUGCUUAUCAAACACGUCUUUUCUUCUACCGGUGCGAUCGAUUGGCUCGUCGAUUUUUCAACGUGUUGUGGACGUGAAGAGGCUGCUGAGCUGUUGGCUCACUUUGUUCGAUAUGGUCUCAUCACUCUUCAUAUCGAUCGAUCCAAAGGUGGUGAUAAGGUAGCACAAGUGAUUGUACGAGCUCCGAUGAAUGAACCACGUGGUUCGGCUAGUCUAGAGGGUGAUUUCCGAUAUGGAUCCAAGGUGAUUUAUCGGAUCACUGAUGAAGGAAGGAGGUUGAGUGGCUCGGAAAGCGAAGGAUCGAAACGAGAAGAAGCAGGAGACACUUCAUCGACUCAUUCCCUCGAGCCUGUCAAUCCUCCUCCUAGACCUUCACCAUCUGUCCAAGCCACCAGUUUAGCUAUCGUAGCUGAGAGUCAAGCAAGAGGUAGACAAGUCUUGCGAGAUAUCUUACAUCCAGACCCAUCGGAAGGUUCGAGUUGGGUCAAGGAUGCGACUAGUUCCACAGCAAGACUCAAGGCUAUCUUGGAUGAACCAGCUCUUAGAUCUUUAUUCCGAGACUUUCUACGAUCGCAUAUCUGUGAAGAGAAUUUACAUUACUGGAUUGAUGUACAAGAGUUUAGAAGAAGGUUUGCCACCUCUUCUACAGCGGUAGGAGUGGGACAAUCAAAGAAGAAAUCGUCGGCUACCUCAGCCAUGGAACAACAUCAAGAGAAAUUAGUCUCAACAGCCUUAUUGAUCUUUAAUACUUAUCUUGCACCUGGAUCACCAUCUGAAUUGAAUAUCGAUCAUGGUUUAAGAGGAGAUGUGAUUAGUUAUAUGGCUAAAGCUGUAGAUGAAGUGAAAGGAAACUUGACACCUAAUCCGGAUGUGGCUAUGCCAGCACUUCGAGCUACUCAAGUUCAAGCUCUCUUACGACAUUACGAGAGAAUUGCUGAUCAUAUCUAUCGAUUAAUGGCAACAGAUCAAGUACCAAAGUUUGUUAGAACCGAAAGGUUUUUAGAACUUUUAGCAUCACAACAACCCAGUAGUACUACUACUACUACCACUAAUAAUAAUGGAGAAGGAAAUGAAAAUAAAUCGUUGAAAUCUAUUCAUUCGACUACUUCUCCUAAACCUGAUUUACAAGUUUCUUCUAUGCCUCUUUCUCCUUCCUGAAAUUUAAUGGUGUUUUGUUUUUUGUUUUUUUUUAAAUUUGUUCUUAGUUCUUCUUCUUCUGCCAUUUUUUUUGGUUCAUGUUUACUUGUUUUGUGCUUGAGGUUUUUUUUUUUCUCUUUUUGAGAUGGUUCAUGUCAAUCCCUGGUCUUUUCUCCUCUAUUUCUUUGCUGGAUUUAUCGUUUUUUUUUCCUCUCUCUCUAUCUUUUUUUUCUAUUACUUCUUUUUCUAUUACUUUUUUUUCAUGUUUCUUUCUUUCCUUUGGGGGUGUGCAUCUUGUGGAGAAUUUUAGAUGAAAGAAGAAUGAAUAUGAAACAAGAAGACUUGGGGAAGAAACCUUUUGUAGUAGCGGUUUUUUUUUUUGGUUUUUAUAAAUAUAUAGUUUGCACUACUGUGAAGAAAAAAAUGGGUUUGGAUUUGAUUUUUUUUUUGAG